CGGCGUGCGCCGUGGUCAGCUGACUGCUCCGGCGGGCACGUGACUUGCUCUGGGCGCAGGGGUCGAGGAAGCCGAGAGGCCGGAGCUGAGGUCCGGGAGGGAUGGAGCGCUGAGCGGUUAACGUCUGCCAGGCUUCCCACCCCCGCCCCCGCCGCCGCCGCCGCCGCCGCCUCCCGAGACACCUUCCCGGCUUCUCCGCUGAUUUCCAAAGAGAUAACAAACAUGACUGAGUUCUGGCUCAUAUCUGCUCCUGGGGAGAAAACCUGUCAGCAAACAUGGGAGAAACUCCAUGCAGCAACUACCAAGAACAAUAACCUUGCGGUCUCCUCCAAGUUCAACAUUCCUGACUUAAAGGUUGGCACGUUGGAUGUCUUGGUUGGCCUGUCGGAUGAACUGGCUAAACUGGAUGCAUUUGUAGAAGGCGUGGUCAAGAAAGUGGCUCAGUAUAUGGCUGAUGUGCUGGAGGACAGUAAAGAUAAAGUUCAGGAGAACUUGUUGGCCAGUGGAGUUGACUUGGUUACUUACAUAACAAGGUUCCAGUGGGACAUGGCCAAAUACCCAAUCAAGCAAUCUCUGAAAAAUAUUUCCGAAAUAAUUGCCAAGGGAGUAACUCAGAUUGAUAAUGACCUGAAAUCUCGAGCGUCUGCAUACAACAACCUGAAAGGAAACCUUCAGAAUUUGGAGCGAAAGAAUGCGGGAAGUUUGCUGACUCGGAGCCUGGCAGAGAUCGUGAAGAAAGAUGACUUUGUUCUUGACUCAGAGUACCUGGUCACACUACUGGUGGUAGUCCCCAAGCUGAACCACAAUGACUGGGUUAAGCAGUAUGAAACGCUCGCAGAGAUGGUGGUCCCCAGGUCGAGCAAUGUUCUUUCAGAGGACCAAGACAGUUACCUUUGUAACGUCACCUUGUUUAGAAAAGCAGUCGAUGAUUUCAGACACAAAGCCAGAGAAAACAAGUUCAUAGUUCGUGACUUCCAGUAUAACGAGGAGGAGAUGAAGGCAGAUAAAGAAGAAAUGAACAGGCUGUCUACUGACAAGAAGAAGCAGUUUGGACCACUUGUGCGGUGGCUCAAAGUGAAUUUCAGUGAGGCGUUUAUUGCGUGGAUUCAUAUAAAAGCAUUGAGGGUUUUUGUCGAAUCUGUUUUAAGGUACGGCUUGCCGGUGAACUUCCAAGCGAUGCUCCUUCAACCUAACAAGAAAACGGUGAAGAAACUUCGAGAAGUUCUGCACGAACUGUACAAGCACCUAGACAGCAGCGCAGCCGCUAUUAUCGACGCUCCUAUGGAUAUUCCUGGCCUGAACCUGAGUCAGCAAGAAUACUACCCCUAUGUAUAUUACAAGAUUGAUUGCAACUUGCUGGAAUUCAAGUAAAAAUGAGCUCCUGCUAGACAGUCCUAUUCUUGUGUUGAUGUGUGCUCCCAGGAUUCAUUCUCGUAACUCUCGUGCCCUCUGCUUGCUCCUCACCCUUUCCCUAGGUGGAUCUUCUCAUGUGGUCCAUAUCUCAACAUUUGCUUUUUAAAGGAAAAAAUAUAUAUUAUAUAUUGUUUCUUUUUAUUGAUCAGGUCUGUAAAUGUGUACUGAAAAAAAUCAGAGUUUAUUUAUAAAUAGAAUAGUUUAUUUAAAGAGGUAUUUUCCUCCUUGAUAUCAUGGUAUGCAUAAUUCUGUGUGUUACUAUUGUGCACAGCCUUGUUUACAGGAGAAUGGUGUAAACAUACCAUUUUGUUCACUGUAUUUAGUAGACAUAACUGUUCAGUAGUUACUAAGUCGUGAUGUAGAACAAUGUGACAACAUUCAGGUGUGUGCUUUCCAAUUUUCCCAACACUAUCUGUCAGCACCGUUGACAUCCACAGGACAGAAUAAAAGAACCUGUGCACCGUGUGCUGUGUGUGUGACUUGAGGAUUUCCCUGCAGUGUGGGCUCAGGGAAGGUACGUCUGACGCAGUGGGCUGCCUUCAGGAUCCACCACUGCCAAGCUGUGAGCAUUGUGUCUGACUUGCGUAUGAUUUAAUUGUGCCAAAUGGAGGUCAGAGCACAAAUCUGAAGGUUAUUUUUCCAACACAUGGUGAUAUUUAUACUUGGACACUGGACACUUAGUUCUCUUAAAUAAGAAGUGGGGCCAGAAUAAAGUGUAGCAAAACUA